UAUCGACGGCCUGAACGGCUCCGAGUUUAACCUGGUCAAUGCGUCCGACCCUUCUUCCCCGAAAAUCUUUGUCUCCGAUGAUGCUGUCUUCGUUGACUCCGACCCGGGUCACUCCAUUCAAGCUAUUCGAGAGCAGAUAUUCGGGUCCAAUGAUUCCUCCGCUAACCCGGCUCCCAUGAACGGGUUCGUGCAGCAGGCUCUCAAUAUGGGCGUCCAUGAUAUGGAGCAAACCGUGAUGAGCGGGUUUAAACCGGAGUUGUUACCGGUUUACAGGGAGUUAGCGAACGAGUUCGGGGUGUUCGACCGGUGGUUCGCGUCGGUUCCGGCUUCCACUCAGCCAAACCGGUUUUAUGUUCACUCGGCAACUUCUCACGGAGCUUCCAGCAAUGUCCGCAGAGAUUUAAUCCAUGGGUUCCCUCAAAAGACCAUCUUCGAUUCUUUAGACGAAAAUGGCCUCUCUUUUGGAAUUUAUUACCAAAACAUCCCAGCUACGUUUUUUUUCAAGUCACUGAGAAAACUCAAACACAUUUUUAAGUUUCAUGAUUAUGCAUUGAAGUUCAAACUCCACGCUAAACUUGGGAAACUACCAAAUUACGUGGUGAUUGAGCAGAGAUACUUUGAUAUUAAACUUGACCCGGCUAAUGAUGACCAUCCAUCCCACGAUGUAGCACUUGGACAGAAAUUUGUGAAGGAGGUUUAUGAGACUCUGAGGGCGAGUCCACAGUGGAAAGAAAUGGCACUGUUGAUUACGUAUGAUGAACAUGGCGGGUUCUUUGAUCAUGUACCAACUCCGGUAUCUGGGGUGCCUAAUCCUGAUGGGAUUAUAGGGCCUCCUCCAUAUUACUUCAGAUUUGACCGCUUGGGUGUGCGUGUCCCUGCUUUCUUGAUUUCCCCAUGGAUUGACAAAGGCACUGUGAUCCAUGAAACAAACGGUCCAACCCCAUCUUCACAAUUUGAGCACUCUUCCAUACCAGCAACUGUGAAAAAACUUUUUAAUCUGAAGUCGAGUUUCUUAACCAAACGAGAUGCAUGGGCUGGGAGCUUUGAGAACUAUUUCCGCAUGCGUAAGACUCCCCGUGAUGAUUGUCCAGAGAAACUUCCUGAGGUGAAGACAAAUCUAAGACCAUGGGGACCAAGAGAAGAUGUAAAACUCUCUGAAUUUCAAAUAGAAAUGAUCCAGCUUGCGUCACAGCUUAAUGGUGAUCAUGUGCUCAAAAGCUACCCUGAUAUUGGACGGAACAUGAAUGUUGGUGAAGCUAAUCGAUACGUAGAGGAUGCAGUCAAUAGGUUCUUGGAAGCUGGAAGGGCUGCUCUAAGAGCUGGAGCAAAUGAGUCUGCCAUUGUUACAAUGAAACCAGCCCUCACUAGCCGAGCAUCAGAGGGAGGAUUCAACAAGUACCUGGAAGCCUACUAAUUUGGUUUAUGGGUCUUGUAAGUACUGCCCUAUUAUAUAUGUAUAUAUGUUAUGUUGUAUGUAAUCCACGAUCCUGCAUAACGAACCACACUUGCCAUCAAUUGUCCUUCCAAUGAUAAAUACAUUAUAUUAUAGUCUUGAAGAGCAAUGCUCGUUAAAAAAAUUAGGAAAGAUUUUUCUUUUAAGUGUUGGACCGAUUAUUGUAAUCACUUUUAGUAAACUCAUUUUAGCCACAUAUAUGUUCCCAUGAAUGCCCA